GUCCAUAUUCACCGUCCCUUCACUAGCUGUGGCAGCUGUGAGCCACUCUCAGAGAGAUUUUGCUUCACAAGUCAAAACCCUUCUGUUUCUUCACGAGAACUUUCUGUUCUUUCAUCAACAACACAGUUCCUUUUGCUCUACCGACACUGCCACUCAAUCCUAAUCUUCAUACAAUUUCAAACAACCCAUUAAUUUCCACAUAAUAUAUAUAUAUAUAUAUGUACAUAUAUGUAUAGAGAGAAGCAAAUCCUUCACUUUCUCUCUCUAGCUUUCCCCAUCUCCUUCAAUUCUCCUCAUCCCUUCUUUUAAUUUUGCAUAUUGGGUUCUUCUGCAAAUACCCAUCUCCAAAAUGCUCCACUUUCUCUCUCUAGCACUCUCUAUCUUCCAGUUUUCAUCUCUUUGUAUGUCAAAAUCCAUUUUUUGAGUUCAUUUUCUGAGUGUCUUUAAGUUCUCCGUCAAUGGAUGCUAGAAUUGUUCACUUUCUCUCUCUAAUUUUCUCUCUCAUCCACUUUUCACACCUUCAUCUCUCAAUGGCUUUCACGCCACGAGACAAUUUCCUCAUCGACUGUGGAUCAAACACAAACAUAACCGUCGACAACAGAGUCUUCAUCGGCGAUUUGACGACACCCGGUUCGGCUUAUCUCUCUACAGGUAAGUCCAUCUCUGUAACAAGCACAAACCCAUCUUCAAAUUCAACUCGAAUUUACCACACUGCUAGGGUUUUCGCGGCUGCUUCGAGCUAUGGAUUCAGCAUAAAGAAAUUUGGGACCCACUUGGUACGUCUCCAUUUCUCUCCAUUCACUGCUCAGAAUUACAAUCUCAGUAAUGCUAAAUUUAGCGUUUCGGCUAAUGGGUUUUCGCUUUUAAACAAUUUUGGUAUUCAAUACACUGUUGUUAAAGAGUUCAUGUUGAUGGUGGAUGUGGUAAAUUUUGAAAUAAUGUUUGUGCCUACAAAUGAUUCGGGUUUUGCAUUUGUUAAUGCAAUUGAGGUGUUCUUAGCUCCUGAUGAUCUCAUUGUUGAUAAUGGGGCUAAAUUUAUUUGUCCUAAUGGCAUUGAAGAGUUUAAGAACCUUUCAUCACAAAUUUUAGAAACUGUUCAUAGGAUCAAUGUUGGAGGUCCAAAAUUGACCCCUUUUAAUGACACUCUUUGGAGGACUUGGGUUCCUGAUGAAAAUUUCUUAGUUCUGAAACCUGCUGCAAAAAUUGCGAGAACCACGAAUCCACCAAAGUAUCUAAAUGGGGGUGCGAGCAGAGAGGUUGCUCCCGAUAAUGUUUAUAUGACUGCACAGCAGUUGAAUAGGGAUAACUUGACAUUAGAUUCAAUAUUCAAUAUAACAUGGAAUUUUCCGGUUGAUGGGGGGUUUGCUCGGCACUUUGUCCGGUUGCAUUUCUGUGACUUUGUUAGUCCUUCGCUUAAUCAGCUAUACUUCAACGUGUAUAUCAACGGGCUCAUGGCUUACAAAGAUCUUGACCUGUCUACCCUUACAGUCCAUUCGCUUGCAUCUCCUUACUACAUUGAUUUUGUUGCGGAUUCUGAUCAUUCAGGAGUUGUGCGGAUAAGUGUUGGCCCUUCUGAUUUGAGUAGUCCUUCAAAAAAGAAUGCUAUUUUAAAUGGGGUAGAGAUCAUGAAGAUGGUGAAUUUUGUGGGUAUAGGUACAGGGUCAAAGAAGAUUAGUAGUUGGUUUUUGGUGGGUUUGAUUCUUGGAGGCGUUGCUGCUUUGUGUUUGGCAAUACUUUCAGUUUUGGUUCUACUGAGAUGCAGGAGGAAGAAACCGAAACCUGCAGAAAGUAUGGGUUGGACACCCUUACGUGUAUAUGCAGGCAGUUCACUUAGUAGACACUCUGAAGGGACUGUGAUUGCAUCCCCUGGCCCGAAUGGGUAUCUCAGCUUGAGGAUCCCUUUUGCUGAUGUACAAGUGGCAACAAACAAUUUUGACAAGAAUCUGAUUAUUGGUUCUGGUGGAUUUGGCAUGGUUUACAAAGGGGUUCUUCAGAACAACAUGAAGGUUGCUGUGAAGCGAGGUGUACCAGGAUCCAGGCAGGGCCUACCCGAAUUCCAGACUGAAAUAACAGUUCUGUCAAAAAUUCGCCACCGUCACCUUGUUUCACUUGUUGGGUAUUGUGAAGAACAGUCAGAAAUGAUACUUGUUUAUGAAUAUAUGGAGAAAGGGCCAUUGAAAAGUCAUCUAUAUGGUAAAGGAUUACCUCCUUUGUCAUGGAAGCAGAGGCUUGAGAUAUGCAUUGGUGCGGCAAGAGGCCUUCACUACCUUCAUACGGGUUCAGCACAAGGAAUUAUCCAUCGUGACAUUAAAUCAACCAAUAUCUUGCUUGAUGAGAAUUAUGUUGCUAAGGUUGCAGAUUUUGGUCUCUCGAGGUCUGGUCCUUGUCUCAAUGAGACCCAUGUAAGCACAGGUGUAAAAGGUAGUUUUGGGUAUCUCGAUCCGGAGUAUUUCAGGAGGCAGCAGCUUACAGAUAAAUCAGAUGUUUAUUCUUUUGGUGUUGUGCUUUUGGAAGUUCUUUGUGCUAGACCUGCUGUUGACCCCAAUGUCGCGAGGGAGCAGGUGAAUUUGGCUGAAUGGGCAAUCCAGUGGCAGAAGAAGGGGCUGCUUGAGCAGAUCAUUGAUCCCCAUCUCGUGGGUAAGAUAAAACCGAGCUCUUUGAAGAAAUUUGGAGAAACAGCGGAGAAAUGUUUGGCUGAUUAUGGCGUCGAUAGGCCGACUAUGGGUGAUGUGUUAUGGAAUUUGGAAUAUGCACUACAACUGCAGGAGACCGGAAGGCGAAGAGAACCUCAUGAAAAUGGUGAUGUCACUGCACCAGAGCUCCCGGCUCCUAGAGUUGUUCUCAGAGAUCCCUCUAGCAACAAUGGGAUUCAGGAAGAUAAUGGUGAUGGGACUACUGACACAACAACAACAGACCAAGUCUUUUCCCAAUUGAUGACCAAUGAAGGUAGAUAGUUCAUAGGUUUAUACAGUAAAAUAAGCAAUUCCCACUGUAUCUCAACAUCAGCUCAUUGCUCGAAACUUCUGCGAAACAUACUGGAGGUAUCAAUAUAGUUUAGCUUUCUGUUUUUCAUUUUUAUUUUAUGUUUUCAUUUUGUUGCUACUAAUGUUUCCUUAUUAUUGUAGUUUUUAUAUAGAAUAUUAAUGGAUCUCUUAGGCUGAUAUUUUAGUCAUUGUAAUGUUUACAUUACCAAACAAAUAUAAUCAUUAUUUAUUGGAA